AUGGUCCGUCUCUCUGUAUUGGAACAUCUCCGUGUGGUUCACGGGAUAAAGCUGAAGAACUGUGGAAGGAAGAAAGAGAAAAGGUUUACAGGUGGUACCAAAGUGUUUGGAGUUCCACUGGAGAGUUUGCCGUUGUGUUACAUGCCUCAGUGUGGGCUGCUACCCUGCUUUCUAGUGGAUGCCUGUGAGCAUCUACUGGAGCAUGCUGGGACUGAUGGCCUUUUCAGAAAAUCCGGUUCUGUUGUUCGUCUGAGGACCCUUAGGGCCAAACUAGACCAUGGGGAGGCGUGUCUAUCCACAGCCCUCCCCUGUGACGUAGCCAGCCUUUUGAAGCUGUUCUGCCGUGAGCUUCCAGACCCCCUAUUCCCCUCAGACCUCCACUCAGCCCUGCUGAAGGCCCAGCUAUUACCCACUUUGGAGGAGAGGGCCUUGGCCACCCAGCUGCUGUCCUGCCUACUGCCUGACAGGAACUUUGCCUUCCUCAGUUACUUUUUCCACUUCCUCUCAAAGGUCUCCCACAGGUGUGCAGAGAACAGGAUGACCAAUAGUAACCUGGCUGUGGUCUUUGUCCCGAGCCUGCUUCCUCCCAGCCACGGAACAGAGGGGAUGGACACAUAUAUGAAACUCAAGGCUGUGGUCUAUACCUUCAUAGAGAAUGUCCAUUCAUUUGGUGUGGUUCCUCAGGUGAUCAUGGAGGGCAUCCCAGGUCAUGCUGAGAUGUCUCCCUGCAGGAAGAGACGGCCACUCAGAAAGAGCCUGGGUUUGGAGGCCUUCCCAGACAUUCAGCUUUUCAGGAACAAAACAUUUUGCUCAGGGAAACCAGGCUCAAGUCCUUCAGCUCGGUUGGCCAGAUCUCCCUCCACCCCAGUGAGGACAGAGAGCUGCAGAGUACAGAGCAAAACACUCAAAAGAAUGGAUUCGGGAAACGUUGGGUGUUUUUCGGCCAAAAGGCUGAAGGGAGGUGACAGUAUCCGCAGAUGCCAGUUACUUUCGGAGCCUGGCAACAGUGGUAGGCUAAUAAACUGUGGAGCAAGGAUCGACUGCAUCCUCGUUCAGCAUUACAGGCUCUUGCUCCUCGCAUCCAGGAUACACGCGAUGGCUUCGGCGGUCAGGUUGAGGAGAACAGUGCUGCUGAUUGUCCUAGCGGGGCUGGCAUCGGCCCGGAGCCCCCGCACGGUGGACCAGGUAUCUGAGGCCGACAUUCAGCGUCUCCUACACGGAGUCAUGGAGCAGCUGGGCAUCGCUCGGCCCAGGGUCGAAUACCCUGCUCACCAGGCCACCAACAUCGUGGGGCCACAGAGCAUCCAAGGUGGCGCUCAUGAGGGACUGCAGCACCUGGGUCCCUAUGGAAACAUCCCCAACAUCGUAGCUGAGCUGACAGGGGACAACAUCCCUAAAGACUUCAGUGAGGACCAUGGAUACCCCGACCCUCCUAACCCCUGUCCAGUGGGAAAGACAGAUGGGUGUCUGGAAAACGCCCCGGACACAGCAGAGUUCAGCAGAGAGUUCCAGAAGCAUCAGCACCUGUUCGACCCCGAGCAUGACUACCCUGCUCUGGCUAAGUGGAACAAGGAACUGUUGUACCAGAAACUGAAGGGAGGAGCCAAAAGAAGAAAAAGGAGUGUCAAUAACCCCUACCUGAUGGGUCAGAGGCUGAACAAUGUGGUGGCCAAGAAGUCUGUUCCCCACUACCCAGAAGAGGACGAAGACUAUCGCACCACCACUGCAACAAAAACCACCACCUAAACACACUGUUGUUCUAACAUUACUGGCCACCAUGUUCACUUCAAAUUAUCUCAAGUAGAUUUAAGCAAUUAGGCCCGAGGGGGUGUGAUAUCUGGCCAAUAUACCACGGCUAAGGGCUCUUCUUUUUGCAAGACACAACGUGGAGUG